UUUAUUAUAUAAAUCAUACACUGUGGUGAGAAAGAAAAAAAUCUGGGUUUCUUGGUUCAGUGAUUCUCAGUGACACCAAUGACAUGAAGUCAGAAACCCUUCAUAAAGGCCUACUUGAGGUCCUUGGUAAUAAAAUGUGGACAGCUGUCUUUAUACUGUCUGUGCCUGUUUUUUGUUUUUUUUUGUCGGAAUAGAAACAGACACAGAAAAAUUGUCAAGGAAAUGACUGAACCAAGCACAGGAAGAAAAAAAAAGGCAUCUUAAGAAAGGUUUUAUAAAUAAUACUACAGGAGAGAGCCAAAGCUGAGACUGAAGUCUCAUGUUUAAAAGAGAAGAAUGAAAUGUCUCGCUCUGUUGUGCUGACUUUUAUGAAAGGGAAAAAUGUAAAAGUUAAAAUAAUCUGAAAACGUUUGCACAGUAUCAUAUUUGACCUAAUAUAUGCAAAGGAAAUCAUUUCAAUAUCAUUCUGUUUGUUCAUUAAGCCAAAUUGUUUAUUCACUCAACCAGGCAUCAUCAAAUAAAUGCUGCAAAUCGUUAGUACCUUAAUCACACUAUGUUUAAUGUGUGCCUUUCAGACGCAUCUACCUAGCGACACCCAGUGGUGACAAGAAGAACAACGGGUCCGACAAAUCCCAGAGGCGAAGGCGGAAGGUUUGUCCUUAAUGGGUUGCUGUUGGAAGUUGCUGUCAUGUCGGCGCCCUUGAUAUCUCUACAUAGAUGCUGCCAGCGAUUUGCUCUUUUCCUCGUUCCUAGGCGACAGUGGAGCUCCAGCUCAGCACCUCCUGCUUCUCUCCUGUCCAGGUGCCUCCUCUUCCUCGCCCGGCGUUACUAUGAUGUAGAGAUGCUCCUGAGGUGGAGGUCCCAGCUGGGGAGAGACCAGCUCCGGAAGAAGAACCUUUACUAUGGUUACACCCAGAGGUUUUAUGGGCCAGACAUAGCAUCUGCAUAUUAUAUUCUAAAUCUAGGGGGAGGAUUUAGGUUUGUGGGCCAGUCCACGUGGUUCCGUGCUGACUCAAGGGGCAAGUUCAGCUGGGAUUUCCUGAACUACAGGGACACACCUGUGGAAGAAGUAGACAUGAGUUACACUGUCAUCAAUUACACAGGACUGUCUAACCUGGAGAGGCAACAACAUAUGCGGACUCUAAAACUACAAGGCUGUCCUGAGGUGGAUGACUGGUUCCUGGCAGGACUCCACAUUUUCCAGGACUCUCUGGAGGAGCUGGACAUCUCAUACUGUCCAAGGAUAACUGCAGGCGGCCUAGUGGCUCUCAGGAAUCUCAGGGGACUGAAGCGUGUAAAUGUCUCCUCCAUCCCGAGGAUUUCAAGUCCAGGGUUGGUGAUCAUCCUGCUGGAGGAGAUGUUACCGCAGUGCCAGAUCACAGCAGACGGCUACGACCUCAGUUUGAGGCAGGCUGGAGGGGAAACGUCAGAGGAGCAUGUGGAAACAGGGAGGUAGUGGACAGAUUGGAGAUGGAGUCGGUGCUGAAAGACUUGGAGGCUUUUGAUCUUGCUCUAUUUUUUUUUUUACCAAGAGCUAGUAUGAAACAUAAUUUCAUUGAAGAUUCAUAACGUAAGGUAAAAUAAAUGCAGAAAACCAAGAAAAGUGAAAACGUGCAACAGAUGUGCGAUAAGCAUGUUGGCACAAGUUGGAUUAUUUGUCAUGAGUUUACUUCUUCAGCCCAGACUCAGUUGGUGAGUAAGGCUGCACAUUCAUCAUGUAAACGUUCACAUUUAGAAAAUAAUUUCUGUUCAUGUCCAACUACAAUUUGCUGGAACUUUAUUUGUCACGGAAUGUAAACAUGGGUGCACAUAAUAAAGAUUUUUAUCAUUCAAA